AUGGCUGCAGCCGCGGGUGCCGCAGGGGCGGGCGGGGGUCCCUUGCUGAAGAGCGGCCAGCGCAUUCUCGUCCAGUGGCGCGCCAACGAGCCUUGGCAAGCCCGAGGUCUGGUGGCUCCAGUGACGACUGGGGAGUACGAGGAGUGCGCAGGCGAGGAGGCCCCCGAGGGCGCCGUUCAGAGAGUCCUGAUCUGGUACGCUGUCACUCCAGACGGGGAUAUCUACCCGCACUGCCUGCCCCCCCCCGCGGUGGCGGGGGUGGUUCCUUGCGACGCGACGGGCCAGCCCAACCGCGCCCUCGGCAUGGGCGCUCGACUGCCUCGGGGGAAUCCUCAGAUCUACGGGCGCCAGUGGCAGCUCGACGCGAGGCAGUUCUUGGGCGCCCUGGAGUUCGUGACGGGCGAGGAUUACGGCGAGAAGAUACGCGAUCAAUGUCGGAGACAGGAGGGCCGCGUGCAGCUUUUGGGUUCUCUGGUUCCGAGUGAGUGGGUGGGGAUCGCGGAUGCCCUCCCCGACCCCGCGCCCGACAAGUGGGUCCAGGUAGGUUCGUCUGACGGAGCUGGCCGCGCUGUGUUGCGCGACCUUGGCGUUGACUACGGAGUGGUGUGCUCGGGCCUCGCUAUGUGCAAGAAAGGCGAGCAGACCUUCAUCGUGAAGAUCUCCAGUGGCGGGGGCGCGGGUCUUGGCGCCCGUGUUCUGGCUGUGGUGGAGGACGCAGACGGAGGUCGGCACCUUCCGUUUCGUGACGCUACCCGCUUGAUGACGGUCACCGAGUGGGCCAAGUGGCCCCUGCAGGUGAAUCUCACGUCAGCGGACCCCGCGGUGGCGGAGCAUGAGUUCUGCAUGCGGGUGGUCCAACUGGCGGUGCACUAUGACCAGUUGAACAUAUCUGAGCUGGCGGCGUUCGAGCUGGUGCUUCGAC